UUCUGCACCCCCAAAUUCCUCUUCCCUCAUUUUCAUCGCCUCUUCGUUGCAUGCACAUCUUUCCUCUAAAGUAAAGGGAAGCUAGGAGAAGAUGGGUGCUCUUCACUUUCUAUCAAACUUUUGCACUGUCACUAACACAAGAACCAAUAGGAAACCCAUGCAGACAGUAGAGAUAAAAGUGAAAAUGGACUGUGAUGGAUGUGAAAGGAAAGUCAAGAAUGCCGUUAACAGUAUAAAAGGUUUGAAAACAGUGGAAGUGAACAGAAAGCAAAACAGGAUAACAGUGAGUGGUCAUAUUGAUCCAAACAAAGUACUGAAGAGAGUAAAGAGCACUGGGAAAAUGGCAAUAUUCUGGCCGUAUGCCUCUUAUGAUCUUGUCUCUUAUCCAUACGUAGCUCAAGCUUAUGACAAAAAAGCUCCUGCUGGUUUUGUUAAAAAUGUUCCGCAGGCAAAUGCAGAGGAACAUACGAUUACUUACCUCUUCAGUGACGACAAUCCAAAUGCUUGUUCCAUUAUGUGA